AUGAAGAAAUACACAAAUAGUUCACUCGAUGCAUUCAAUGUGUCAAGCGAUUCACUCCUCUCAUUAACGUCAAUCUUUUUGCCUGUUACUUUAUCGGCUUCGCCGGCGUCAAUACUAUCGUCUUCAUUUACUUUACGAGUUGAGAAUGCAAGAAUGACACUACCAGCGCAACUUCAACUUGCCUAUUAUAUCACUAUUGCUUUAACUGGUCUUAUUGGUAAUACAACAACCAUAUUCGUUUUCUCGCAACGUCGACUACGAUCAUUACGUUCGUCGUUUUUUUUGACUUGCCUCGCUAUAACUGAUCUUAUCUUCAUUCUCAUACUUGUCCUCGCUCUCCUCGAUGAAUUACAAAUUCCGAUAAUGACAGCACCUGUUUGUGUGCUAACCAUCUAUUUCAGUCAUAUAGCCUCAUUUUUAUCGUCGAAUUUCACGUUGGCUUAUACAACUCAUCGCCUCAUUGCUGUUUUCUUUCCAAUGAAAUCAACAACAUUUUUAAAACAGCGCACUAAUCGUUUUCUCGCACUGACCUUAUUAACAUUCGCGUCGAUAUUCUAUUCUUUGUCAUUUCCUGUAACAACAACGACAUUACGUUCGAAUACAACUAAUGUUGUCCACUGCGAAGAAGAUCGACACAAUAAAAUAUUAUUUCCGUUUCUUUUCUUCGAUACAUUAUUUACAUUUAUCAUUCCAUUUACCAUGAUCACAUGCAUGAAUUUGGCGAUUGUAUAUAAACUUCAAGGAAAAUUUGCCUACGUGCGAAAGACACCCACGAUGCCUCAAUCCACGAAUUCAUCCGGGCAAUCAGCUAGUGAUAGUGUUCAAUCAUCUCAAAUGAAUUCUACCAACAAUAAUAGCGAAACACAUUGCCUUGUCCAUCAACAUAAUCGUUCACUAUUGGCCGUUCGACCGACGGAUCAGUAUAAAAGUGGAUCAAACCGGUUUGCGCCAUCGAUAGUACCACCACUGCAACGACGUACAUCAAUGUACUACACAAACGCAUCGUUUCGUAUUCGUUCGACUCAAUGCCGUGCAACAGCGUCGGCUAAAACAACUAAAAUGCUCUUAGCAGCUUCGACCGUCUUUCUUGUUUUUAAUCUACCCUAUCAUCUAUUGUUAUUCUGUUUCUUGCUCAAUCAACAUCAGCCGCCAUGGAUGCUCAACGCUGUAAAUAUUGCUCGUCUUUGGUUUUUCGCAUCUUUUUGUGUCAAUUUCUUCGUCUAUGCCAUAUGUGGCCAACGUUUUCGUAAUGAAGUCGUUCGAUUGUUUAGUUGUUCAGUAAUUUGCCGGUAUUUCAACAUAAGAUAUCAAAGCAAAUCUCAAGACCGCCAGGAUAGCAUCUAUUUAAGUCAUCGAUUGAAGCCUAGUUCGUUGACACGUCUCUCUCAAUCGAACUAA